AUGCCAGGAUUGAAGAAAGCGGUGUUAUUUCGGAUCACAGUCUACGCUGCAGUGCCUGAAGUUGUCUAGAUAUUUCCCUGGAUACUGGGCCACGCUAUCUAUGCUCAUGUGUUACGGAUUCCAUUCUUUGUGGAUCUUGGUGCACCUGAAAAUGUGCUGAACCACACGUGUAACUUCUACCUCAACACAGAGGACAGCAUCUCAGUUGGUGUGUGGCAUACCCUCCCUGCCAGCCAAUGGGAGAAUGUUGCAGGGAGAAGCCACGAGUGGUACCGGGAGGCGCUGGGAGACGGGCGUCCUGUUAUUAUCUAUCUCCAUGGCAACGUGGGGACCAGGGCUUUAUGUCACAGAGUAGAACUAGUGAAGAUCUUAAGUGCUGCAGGGUAUCAUGUUUUGUCUUUAGACUACAGAGGUUUUGGAGACUCCAGUGGAGAGCCGAGUGAAGCCGGACUGACCACUGAUGCCUUCUAUCUGUAUCACUGGCUAAAGAAGCAGUUGCAACAGUACUGCCCUGAAAAUACAAGAGCAAGAGGUCUAUCAGGGUCUGGGGUUCAUGCUGUAAUACUCGAAGCUCCAUUCACAAGAACUGGACAUGUUGCUGCCAACCAUCCACUUACAAAGAUAUACAUGCUCCUUCCAGGCUUUGAAAGCUUGCUUUGGAAAAUAUUGGAAAUGAACAACAUUGUAUUUGCCAGUGAUAAUAAUUUAAAGAUGCUGAUCUGCCCACUUCUUGUACUGCAUUCGGAGGAUGAUGACAUUGUGCCAUAUCACAUGGGUCUAAAGCUGUACCAGAUAGCUCUUCAGACCCAGAAAGAACAGAACAACAAGGUUCAGAUGAUCACCUACAGUGCAGGUCUUGGAUUCUCCCACAACAACAUUUACUUGGACCCCGAGCUGCCAAAUGUUGUUGGGAGAUUUCUUCAAAAUGCAAAGCAGUAGAGACGAGUUAGAACUUUUCGUUGAUGCAUCUUUUUUUAUUAAAUUCAGAGUCAGGAUUUCUGCACUGUGCCAUAUAGGCAUCGAAAGCUAGUGAAAACAAUGGUCAAAAUACUAAUAUUGUAUUUUAAUAUUUCUAAAAUUAUCCCCUUUAAACUCUAUCAGAAAACAAAUCUCUACAACAUGACAAAGAAAAAUAUCAAAGUCAAAAUAAUGGGGUGCAUAAGUAAUGGCACCCUUUAGUACAACAAGUAAAUCAUCACUUUUACAGCCA